CACUUGAUCCAGCCAAUCAGUUGUUCCUGCGCCCUCAUUUCCCAAUCCUGCAUGACUCCACACCAUCUAGAAGGGGCAUUAGUUGCCUGUUCUUAUAGCAACUAGCACAGAGCACAGUGUACAAGUCCUCUGUACUUGGGCAGAACAUCCUUGAUCUGGCUCGUCGGAAAGUAUCGUCAUGGUGGGGCAGAUACGGUACAGUAAUGAUUACGGUAUCGAUGAAUCCUGUCGUUUCGGUGGAUCCGCAGAGCAAAAGAGAGAGAAAAAAAAAAAGUGGGAAUGCAAAAGUCGCUUUUCACAGCGAUCGAUGCGCUUUUGUACGUUUUUGCUUGUAUUUCAACUUCCACUCCCCUCUUCUUAUUUUCUUUCUUGACUUUUGGUUUUGGAUCUGGAUAUUGCCGGGCCUAUACAAUUUUUCUCUUAUUCUUCACUCUUUGUACAUUAGCCAAUCCCUCCUCAGAAUCUCCGCCCAACUAACUAAUCUCCUUGCCCCGGCGUUUCUCCUCUUUCGUCCCCCCUGGGAGGAUUCCUUUCGUUGCCGCCUAUAAGUCCUACUACUAUUGCGCCCGACCGUGGUGUUUCACUUUAAAGCCUCCCGCCAUCGUUUGACUCAGUCAAAGCAAAGUAUUCCUACGCAUAUAAUUACAACACCUU